GUCGCUUGGUAGACACUGGUAAGGAAGGAUGCGCCGGGCGUGUACCGUACCGUACAGUAUGGCAUUGGAUGUCAACAUUUUUGUGGUUGUCAGGGCCGGCCCUGCUCCUUCUCCCCUGAGUAGCUAUGGCAGGUGCCCAAGGCAAAUUGGCGAGCUGGGAAAAUAAAACCUCUUGUCCUCCCCCGUCUGCCCACUACGCGGUUUGUUUUCCUCUACUCUUCACCCCCAACUCAUUACGAUCGUUCCAUCAUCAAGACUUUACGAGCUUCUUUUAGCAACAUAAUUUUGUAAUUACUUCUUUCUGUCGCUUCUUUCAACUUCAUACAAGUUUCGCUCAGUCUCGAUUCAACCACCAACCAUCAAAAUGAAGUUCACUCUUUCUGCUUGCGUCGCCGUCCUGGCUGCCAUCGUCGAGGCUCGUGUUCAGUUCACCAACAGCAACUUCGCUAUCCAGGCUGACAAGCCCUUCGAGCUCACCUGGUCUGGCGCCAGUGGUCCCGUCACCAUCUACCUCAAGGAUGGUCCUUCCACCAACCUGAGGACCGUUGAGACUCUUGCCAGCGGUCUCACCGGCAGCUCCACCACUGUCACUCUCAAGUCUUCUGAGCUCCAGUCUGGCACCUAUGCCUUCGGCAUCAAGGACACUUCUGGUGACGCCGAGAACUACUCGCAGCAGUUCAACAUUGUUGGUACUGGUGCCGUCUCCACAACUGCCUCUGGCAGCACCACUGCCGCCUCGAGCACUGCCUCGAGCUCUGCUUCCUCGGUGACCACCGCAUCGACCCUCACCACCACUGCUCGCCCCACCGCUGCCAACACGACUUCCACCGCCAACUCUUCGUCUACCGCCGCUAGGACCAGCGCUACUUCUACCCCUGCUUCUACCACUACUAGCUCGCCCCCCAACACUGGUUCUGGUUCUCAGCUCCAGUCAUCGCUGGCCCUGGUCUUCCUCGGCGCUGCUGCUUACGUUUUCCUGAACUAAAGCAAGGAUUCGAAUUAUUGGCUUGUGGCGUACGCGGUUGCUUUCGGCGCAGGGUGUUGCGGGCAUGGUAUAAUUCAGUACAAAAUAUGAGUCGCGGGGUUUUAUCCAGUGAGCUCAGGUGGCACAUUAUCGUCUUUACAGUCUUGUAUUGCAACAUCUUGAUAAGGGAUUAGAGUCACAUAGUCUCUCCCGAUAAUUAACUGCCCGACGGGCGACAUCCGUCAGGAGCUUGCGUUCGUUUAUGAAAGUAAAGAUGAUCAACUUCUUCACAGCAAAUGUUUUUUUUUUCAGGGCCCUCGGGUGGAAUCGUAGAACGCGCAAUCUCUGUUUUGCGCACAAGAAUCUGUAACGUUUUAGUGGGUCCGGCUAGAGACGCAUGUAACCGCCGGAUCGUUCCAAGCUAUCGGGCAGCUGCAUGAUUGGAUUGUACACUGAUAGUUUUCAAUGUGUUGGUCUGGUUCUAGAUCCGG